AUGUCCAGGUCUCGUCCACCGCCACUCCUCCCCUUCUCCUCCCAGGAGACCAGCCUCUCGUCCUCCUCUACAUUCGCCCCCUCAGCGCCCACCCCAUUCAACACCUACUCGUCCGACAAUGCCUUUGCCGAGCAAUCAUUUACCGGCCCUGGGGGCGAAGAACCAGUAACCCACGAUCCAGAUCUGUCUGAAGAGAUAAUGUACGAUCCGCAUCUAGGCAUAGAUAGCCAUACCGUCCCGUCCGCUGCGACGCCCUCAUCAUCAAUACGGCGGGAUAACUCGAUAGCAUCUCACGCAUCUUCGCGGUUACUCCCGUAUCGGAGACCAGGCUUGGCCGUAUCGACGUCGAGCGAUAUCCCCUUUUCGUCCCGUCCCAUUCCUGCGCCCCCGAUUGCCAUCAUACGGUCAGGUAUCGAUGCCGCCGAGCAUGCUCAUGAUGCGGACCUGUCUCCGACGUCGGUAUCGACAGCGCUAGCAACGCCGCCUCCAGCAGUCAAGUUUGGGACAGACUUGGAAGAGCACGAUAGUCGUCAUGGGCCAGGAGGAGUGGAUAUCGACGGGGUGCGUCUGGAGGCUCUUGGGUAUGAUCCCGUUCUGGGGCGGACCUAUACUUUUUGGUCGAGCUUGGCCAUCAGCUGGCUGAAUACUGGCACUUUACAGGGCACAAUAUUCGCAGUGUCUGGUACAUACAGCUAUGGUGGGCCCAUCAUGAUCCUUGUCGCCUGGCCGCUCGCCGGUAUCUUUACCUUUGCCCUCACCCUCACACUUUCCGAGUUAUCAUCAGCGUAUCCAGUCGCGGGCGCCAUGUUCUCAUGGACGUGGAAGGCUGCUAGAGGCGGAAUUGGGGGUGAAAGGGCCUGGGCGUGGCUGGUCUCGGGUUUCGUGAUGGGAGGACAUGUCGGAAAUAUACUGUUAGUCACAUGGGAAAUAGCCAACAUAGUCGUUGGGACGAUAAGCCUCUCGAUAGAUUUCGAGCACAACGCCUGGUACAAUUUUCUUCUCUUCCUCGGCGUCCUCCUUCUGGUCGGGACCGUCGGCUCCACUGGUUGGGGCCAAUCGCACAGGUUUUGGCUUUGCGGCGGCGCGUUCGGCUUUACUGCCUGGCUCGUGCUCUGCAUCACCCUCCUCGCUACCAACGCUACGAAACACAAUCCCAGCGACAUGUUUAAAGAGUUUUACAACACCACUGGGUGGAGUUCGAGGGCCUAUGUGUACUUUUUGGGGUGGCAGUUUACGUCGAUAGCAAGUGGGGCGGAUGCCUCAGCGCAUAUGGCAGAAGAGACGCAGAACCCAUCGAGGAAUGUUCCUAAUGCCAUGUCGACUUCUAUAAUUGCUACUUAUGUUCUUGGUUACAUUUCUAUCGUAUUGUUGCUGUUAUCGAUAUCGCCUGAAGACGCGGCGACAGUCAAGUCACACUCUUUCCCCUUUGGCUAUAUUCUCACCGAAGCCAUCUCCCGCCCGGGUGCCAUAAGCAUCUGCAUCCUCAUGAUCCUCGUACUCGUCCUGCAAGUCCUCGCGCAACUCCAAGCCUCCUCCCGAUUCGUUUUCGCCCUCGCCCGCGAAAACGGGAUGCCCUUCUCCUCCAUCAUCAGACGUACCAACGGCCACCGGCGGCCUGUAUUUGCCGUCUGGCUUCUCGUCGUCGUUUGCGCGCCAUUUGCGUGCAUGACGUUGGCAAGUGAGAGCACGCUGUACUCGGUAUUGGCGGUGACGGCUUGUACACUGAGUUAUGUGGGGUAUGCGGUACCGGUGGGGCUGUAUCUGUUUUCGAGGAUCGAUCUGCAGACGGAAGGGAGGAGCUUGUGGUCACUCAGAAAGUGGAGCAAACCGAUCGCUGUCGUGGGCCUGCUUUACUCUCUCGCAGUAGUCAUUGUCCAGACUCUACCCGGCUCGAAACCCGUACGCGCCAGUACCAUGUCUUGGUCCCCCGUCAUCAUCGUCGGCACGAUCUCCAUGUGUUACCUUACCUGGAAGUCGUACGGCGACAAACACUUUGCCGGGCCGAUCCGCGCAAUCACAAAGUGGGAAAGCGGAGUCGAGAUAGACCUCGGCAAAACGCUCGCUUCCUCUCGCUCAAAAUUUUCCGACGGCUCGCGAAAAGGCGGGGGUGGCGACGAGACAUAUGAUUCUUUGAAAUUGGCUUUAUCGCCGUAUCACCCGUCAGCUGGGCCCGGGCGGGAAGAGGGCACGGGCGGGAUGACGGGGGUGACGGUGCAGAGUGCUGGUCGGUCGGGGAUGACGAGUGAGGGAGAGUGGACGAGUGGGAGUGAGAGUGAGAGCGCUUCGGGGUGGACGAGGUCUGCUGCGGAGAGUAGGCAGGCGAGGAGUGCUCCGCGGUGA